AAGUUCCUCAUGCCUGUGUAGUCCCCCUUUUGUAGUUUGUUUUUUUCCAUCCUAUUCCUGCUACUCUCUCCACUUUUAGCUCAACUAUGUCGUCAAAGCACAGAACCACAUGAUGAUCACUAGCUCUUAGGGGUCUUUGACACAUGAUAUCCUCGAUGUCUGAACUACUCAAGGUGAAUACAAGGUCCAGUCUUGCUGGAUCAUCCUCACCUCUCUCUCUGAUGAUGUGUGGUGCUGCCAGCAUCACUCCUCUGUGGCCAUUGAUGUGUGGUGCUGCCAGCAUCACUCCUCUGUGGUCGUUGAUGUAUGGUGCUGCCAGCAUCGCUCCUCUGUGGUCGUCGAUGUUCAGGUUGUGCUGCAAGCAUCACUUCUCUUUGGUCGUUGAUGUUCAGGUUGUGAUGUGUGGUGCUGCCAGAAUCACUCCUCUGUGGUCACUGAUGUUCAGGUUGUGAUGUGUGGUGCUGCCAGCAUCACUCCUCUAUGGUCAUUGAUGUUCAGGUAGUGAUGUGUGGUGCUGCAAGCAUCACUCCUCUGUGGUUGUUUAUGUGUGGUGCUGCCAGCAUCACUCCUCUGUGGUCGUUGAUGUAUGAUGCUGCCAGCAUCGCUCCUCUGUGGUCGUCGAUGUUCAGGUUGUGCUGCAAGCAUCACUCCUCUGUGGUCGUUGAUGUUCAGGUUGUGAUGUGUGGUCAUUGAUGUUCAGGUUGUGUGGUGCUGCCAGCAUCACUCCUCUGUGGUUGCUGAUGUUCAGGUUGUGAUGUGUGGUCAUUGAUGUUCAGGUUGUGUAGUGCUGCCAGCAUCACUCCUCUGUGGUCGUUGAUGUGUGGUGCUGCCAGCAUCACUCCUCUGUGGUCAUUGAUGUGUGGUGCUGCCAGCAUCACUUCUUUGUGGUCGUUGAUGAUGUGUGGUGCUGCCAGCAUCACUCCUGUCAUCAUUGAUGUUGAGGCUGUGAUUUGUGUGGUGCAGCAAGCAUUGCACCUCUGUCAUCAUUGAUGUUGAGGCUGUGAUGUGUGGUGCUAGCACUAUCACUCUUCUAUGAUCACUGAUGUUGAAGAUGGGAAUAAUUAAAUGUAUACACACAUAUCAAUUGAUUAAAUGAAUGAUGGUAAAGGAGCUUUUUUGGGUCAAAUUGCCCUGGCAGAGAUGGCCUAUGAGGUGGAUGAGCUGUUAAGUAAACUUGACAAGUUACCAGAUGAUGUGCGCCUGCAAGCUUUCAAGAAAUUUUCACAAAAGGUGUCAGGAUUAAGAGUGCGUGGUGGGGAGAGAAGGCGAGGCAGAGGUCGAGGAUCCUCUAGGUGCACAGAGUCGUCACUCCUCACAGAUGAUCAAACUAAUAUCAGCAAGGAGGAAGGCGUCACACAAAGAAAGUAGACUACAGGCAGUUUGCAGAGUAUGGCCAUGGAACUGACAUCAAGUUGGAGGAGAUGGAUCAGGGAGGAAAUCAGCAACAAGUAUUUUUCCAUGUUAAACGUGGUCGGGGUAGACCUAGGAAAUACCCACUGGUUGAAGCAGCACAGGUCAGUUCCACACACAAGAGCUCAUCACCACUUAUGUCUGGUACUCAGAGUGAUGGAAAGUGGAAAACUCCUACAACUCAGUCAGAUACUGGUAAAAAUGGGAAUGAAAAAGGAAACAAAAUAUCAGACACAAAUCCAGACAGUUCACUUGACUUGCUGGAGAGCUGCCUGAAAGAGAGUGGGAUCAAAGCUGUUGAGACUGAAAGAGAAGAAAAAAGGAACAAUGAGGAGCAAGAGAGAGGGGAAGAGAGAAAACCAAAUCCUACAGCAGUGAUCAAAGAAGAACCAGCGCAAGAUAAUGCCAAUGAUGAAGCGCAAAAAGUUUAUGUGUGUGAUUCUUUGGAGGCUGUCGAAAAGGUCCCAAGAAAGAAAAGUGUAAAAUCUCAAUUCAAAUGUGAGAAGUGUGGAAAAAUGUAUUCCACAAUAUCCAUACUAAGUAAGUAUACUAAACAUGCUCUAAUAAUGUAUGGUGUCUAAAUUCUAUGCUAUUGA